GUUAUGUCAUGUCCAUCCAGGCAGCGCACAAUCGCAACACAGUGAUGUGUCCAGUGCAGACGACUUUGUCUUACCUUGCUGGGUCCACAUCCCCAAUGGCCCAUUUUUGUCUCAUUUCAACGGGAGUCCAGUUACGCGUUCCCAGUUUGUCGCGGUUCUUCGUCGUACCCUUAACUUUGUUAGGCUUCACGAUGACAGAUUCACUUCCCAUUCGCGUCGCAUUCGCGGAGCCACGUCUGCGGCUAUGGUCGGUGUAUCUGUGCAUGAUAUCAAGGUUACAGACGUUGGGAGUCGAGGGCUUCGUCCAAUUUUCAACACCACCGUCGCCGUUUCCACUGCUACCGCUGCUGUUACUGCUUCUCCUUGUUGUCGUUGGUGCUGCUUCUGCUGCUGUUGUUUAAGUUUAUCAAUUUAUUCAUUUGACUUGUGUCUUCUUGCUAUCUUUUAUAAAUUAGUACAAUGAGGUUUUGUGUGGAUUAUUUGUGCGAUUGAGUGUGGAGUACCAAAUGUUUGCUUUUUCUUCAUUGUAAACGGUGCAUGACGUUAGGACCGUGAUAACAACUUCUACUUAAUUUCAAGUACGGGUUUUUCAUACAUAAACGCAUAUUACAUGUAAUUAACAUUGUAUACUCGGUGCUUUUACCUACCUAUUGCGAGGGCACUCUUCCCCGAGGAAAUGCUUCCUGCUCCACUUUUUGUAUAAGACUGGCCAAUUUUCCAAUGUAUACAUUCCUCAUUGUUGAUUAUCAAGUCCUGGCUACCAGGUCAAUCUAUUUGUUCCAUUUGGAAUUGAAAAUAAAUACAUGCAAGGUUAAUGGAGCAGUAUAUUAACCUUUUGGGAUGGUCAGAACAGCACCAAAGUACUUUUUACAUUUUCACGUGUUGGCUUUAAAUUCUAUCCACAGUAAUUUCGAAGAGAACAGCAUUAGAGUCCUGGAGACAGGCACCUUCAAAAGGUGCAAAAACUUGAUUAAUCUGAACUUGAAAGAAAACAAAAUUUCGGAAGUACAGCCUGGAGCACUUGCGGGACCAACGAAUAUUUAUAAUUUGACUUUGAGUAAAAACGCUAUUGAAGAACUUGGACCAGUUAUCACAGAAGGAUUGCAGUUUACGAACUUGAGGAUGGAACAAACUAACUUGAAGGUUUUAAGGUCACACACCUUUGGGAGGACACGGAAUCCCUAUGUUGUGGUUUUUUCUAACUGUAAGUUGGAGGAAAUUCCAUCUGGGCUGUUUCUCAAUGGGACGAAACGAAAGAAUCCCUACAAAAUGCAAACUCUGUGCCUCAACCACAUGUAGAAGAGAAAAAAACAAGACAGAGACUUGU